AUGAGUGCUGCCGCAGAGUUUGCUAGACCUCCUAUAAACCGACCGCUAGGCCGCCCUCUCCGCCGUGGCUUUCACAGUACAAGGGCUGCCCACCACGGAGGUAUCGAACGCCCCGAGCCCGGCACUGGCAUCAAGGUGCACUUCAAAGACGCCAAGGGCAACCUGAUCCGGACCGUAGAGGCAAACGAGGGCGACGACCUGCUCGGCAUCGCGCACGAGUACGACAUCGACCUCGAAGGCGCAUGCGAGGGCUCUGUCGCGUGCUCGACAUGUCACGUCAUCCUCGACCCCGAGAGCUACGACAAGGUCCCCGAGCCCGAGGACGACGAGAACGACAUGCUCGACAUGGCGUUCGGGCUCACCGACACCUCCCGGCUCGGCUGCCAAGUGCGGCUCACAAAAGAGCUCGACGGCCUCACGGCCACGCUCCCCGCCGCGACGCGGAACAUGUUCGUAGACGGCAAGAAGCCGACGCACCACUAG